CAGCUUAACAAGGGAAAGUUAGUUUUUCUCACGUAUGAUGCAACUUUCCUCCCACUAACCACUUUCUCUCGAGGACGGUUAAGACCCUUCGUUUAACCAAUUAACAACGAAGCCUAUUUCCCUCACUCUCUUAACUAAAAUCGGCACCAACAAAUCCGAUGGUCCCGUGCGCUAGACACACCCAUCCUUAGCUUUCCUUUGCCACAGCAUCGUCUCCGAACAGUACUGAUUUUACAUUCUUCGAACAGUCAACAUCCUUUGACCGGGUAUACACACCCGUAGAUCAGCCACUCAUUCAUCUCGUACAUACGCACCAGCGUAACUGCCUUCGUUAUAAGUUGUUGGAAUAAACGGUGAAAUAUAACUUACUAGACUGUGUCAUAUUCAUUUAACCACCUCUGUUAUCUUAACCGAAACAGGGGAACGACUACUUCGCGGCGUCGAUUAACCGAAUCGUAGCGAGAAUUUACGCCUCUCGCUGACGCGUUUUCCUCGCGACCGCGUCUCUCCGCGAACGGUCGUAACAUUGUAUUUUUCUUUCGUUUUGGUUAACGGUUUGAGAAACGUCGCUGUUCUUCGUGCAAGGUUCACGAAUCAUUAAGGAGAAAAACGUGUAUUUCUUUAUUUUUGUUGGAACGUUCGAAAAAGUAAUUUCAUAUAUCACGGAAGAUAGAUUUUCUAUUGAUUGAUAAUUGUAAUAAUCAUGUAAAAAUUUUUGCAAUUUUCGAUCUGUUAAAUUUGGAAGAAAGUGACAUUAUAAAAAUAUAACAUUUUCUUUAGAAAAAUAGACAAGUAAAUAAAUCAUAAUAUAGAGUAAAAAGUGAUUAUAUUAUAUACAAAUUAUCUCACAUAAUAAUUUAUCGACAGUGUAAUGUUAUCAAUAUAGAUCCCAGUAACUUUCUAGUUCUUUUUUAAUGUAACUAGCUGCAUAUACUGAUUCCAAAUUUUAACGGUCUCGUUCGAAUAGUACUGGUCACUGGACUUCUAAGUUUGACUUUCAAAGUUAUUAUAACAUAAUUUAUACAAAAAUGCAACGUGAUUCCCUACAUUAUGGUGUAAUACAAGUUUUAAUGUAACUGUUUUAAUAUAACAUUUUCUUACUUUCGUCAUGUGCGUGUGAUGAUUUUAUUGUUUUGUAUUGUACUUGUUUUUGUUUACACACGUGCCCUUCAUUUAUAUAUGGGUGUAUUUUAAAUGAAAUAUGAAACGAUAGUAAAAUAUCUACUGGAGUCUGGAAUAUUAUUUUAAGAUUAUUUGUUAACAAAGCAUAACUAAUUAUGGUGAGUAAACAUAUUUUGUAAUGUUUAAACGUUAAAUAUAUUUCUUAAUGUGAUACUUCUUAUAAGCCCAUGUAUUAAUUUUAAUAGGGGAUGGAAUAUCUUAUGACGUAAAAUUUGAAAAAAACAGAAUAAGAAAUAUAUUAGAUAUGAUAAUAUGAAACUACAAUCUGAUAAAGAAAUGGAAGAAUCUCUUUGUAGCUCACAAAACUUUUAUUUGAAGUUGUCACAAGAUUCUACUAUAUCUCAUUCUCAAGAAGUAAAUGAUGAUGAAGAUAUAAUAGUAAUAAGUGAUUCUAGCUCUAAUUCAACUUGUUCUGUUUCUAAGUAUGCUUCUACAUCAAAAGUUGCAUCAAAUAAACAUAUUCCAACAGACAAUAAGAUUUAUAUUCUAGAUUCUUCAGAUUCUGAGUCUUCAGAGACUACAGAUAAAAAGUAUUUCAAAACAUGUAAGAUAAAUGAAAAAUUACAGUUUGUUAGUAAUUACAAAGAAAGAAAAGAUAUUGCAAAAGACAAUGAGAUAUUAUAUACAUCUGAUGAAUCUUCCAGUAUUGAGUAUAUCAAAGAAGAUAUACCUUCUAUAUCUUCUAAUAAAACUAGUAGCACUUAUGUCAGUUCUACUACAGAAAACAUUGUUAAAAGCAUGGCAGAUACAAAUGUCAAAUCUCAUAGGGAUACUAUUAAUAAUGAUGUUAAUAAUUCUAAGAAUAUUGGUAGUAUUGAUCGAUCAUUUAAAACUACAUCUGUUACAAAUAGGAACUGCAUUGAUUUUAAGAAGAAACUUUCACGAGAAGAUGCUAAAAAUAUUCUAAAAAAUAUAAAAUCUUCACGAUUAAUAUAUGAAUCACCAAAAAUUAGAAAAGAGAAAAAUGUUUCGCUGGAUAAGGAGAUAGAUGACAAUGUCAUACAUCCAGCUAUUUCACCAAAAAAUAAGUUAAAAGCAAACAAUAUAGUUAUCGAUGAAGAUACAAUAGAUUCUGAGACUGAUAUUAUUCAAGGCUCUCAGGUGAAUCUAACAAAUCCUUAUAAAACCCAUGUUAGUAAAUUUUUGAGUAAAACAUGUGCAAAAGAAAAUCAAGGGCCAACAUAUACUGAACUAUCAGAGAGGAAAAAAAAACAGAUUUCACAAUGGCUCAUGGCUAAUUCACAAAGUGAUUCCCAAAGUGAUAGUUCACCUGGUAUUGUGCCUCUUACUAAUACAAAUGAUAUAAGUUCUGGUAAUAGUAGUCUGGAAAGAUUAGAGAUGAAUUAUGAAACUCCAAAUAAUAGAGGAAGGAUACAUCAGAUUCCUGUAAGAGAAAGUAAAACUACAAAUCCAGAUUAUAAUAAAGCAUCUUACCAUACAGUACCACAUCAGAAUACAAUAAAUGAAUUUGUCCAAAGAACAAAACAUAAUGAUCUUGAGCUACCUACAUUAAAAAAAAGUCAUAUUGAUAAUAAUGUGUCAACUCCAACGAAUUCUACAAUGAAUGUACCACAAAACAUAGAUAUCAUGGAUUGUGCAGAUAUAUUAGAUAAAUUAUAUGGCAAAUCUUGGCGCAAUAAAGCUGAUGUAUUGUUUCCGAACUCUGAACCACGUAAACAAAUAAUUAAAACAAAAAAUAGAGCAGUUCAAACUGAUAGAAAGAUUACAAAGAGGGAAAGAUUUUACAUACCAGAUUCAGAUGACGAUUUUAACGCAUCUCUAAACGAUUUGAAAUUACGAAAUUCAUCAACAAAAAAGGAUGUGCGGAAAAAUACGAAGAGGAGAGAUAACUUUAUUAAAGAUGAAACAUCAUCAGAAAGUGGAUGUGAAAGUUUGUACUAUACUGCAUUGACGAAUCCAAGGGUAUCAAAAAAUAGUACACAAUCAAAACUGACAGCUCCAGCAAUUGCACGGCGAGUUCUUGCAAUAUGUGAUUCAGAUACUGAAGAUGAAGGUAAUAUACGCAAUGAUAAUCAAAUAUUUAACAUAAGAAGAAGAAAAUUGUCAUUUAGUAAUGAUGAAAGUGAAGGCUCGAGCACUAGUGAAUUUGAUCCUGGUGACGAUGUACCACCAAAAUCUACAAUUAAGAAAACUUCUACUAAAGCUAGACAGCAAUUAUUUAAAUUAAACAUUCAAAGUAAAUUAACUUCUGAUAAUUCAAAGUAUGAAAGAUGUACCAGCUUCCUGGCAUCUUUGGCUCAAAGUGUUUCUCUUGCUAAUGUACAUCCAGAUGCUAAGAAAUACAGAUUAGAUUAUAAAAAUAACAAAGAAGAUUUGUGCAAUUAUUUGUAUAAAUUAUAUAAUGAAAAAGUAUUUGAUAAUGAGUUACCAAAGGACAUGUCAAUGGAGUGGAAUGUUCGUAUGAGAGGAACUGCUGGUUUUUGUUAUAACAAAAAAUCAGUGAGAACACUUGGUGGUAUUGUAAGAUCUUCACGAAUAGUUUUGGCAACAAAGAUUUUAGAUACUCCAGACAGACUUAGAGAUACCUUAAUUCAUGAAAUGUGUCAUGCAGCUGCAUGGUUGAUAAAUGGGGUUUCUGAUGGACAUGGUCCAUUUUGGACAAAAUGGGCCAAUAAAGCUAUGAAAGUAUUUCCUGAACUACCUCCGAUAAGAAGGUGUCAUGAUUACGAAAUUAAAACAAAAUUUACAUAUAAAUGUGUAGGCUGUGGAUACAGUAUUGGUAGACAUUCCAAAUCUUUGGAUAUCGAAAAAAAACGAUGUGGUCAUUGCUAUGGAAAAUUCGAAUUAUUAUUAAACAAAACAACAAAAUCUGGGACUGUACAAAUGCAAACUCCGAAAAGAGAACUUUCGGCGUUUGCGCUUUAUGUUAAAGAAAACUAUAAUUCUGUAAAAAAAGAACGUAACAUAAAACAUGCUGAAGUGAUGAAAAUUUUAGGUCAGCAAUUUUCGGAAAUUAAGAUUGCAAAGAAACAAGAAAAUUUUGGAAAUAAUCCAAAUACUUCUAGUUAAAUAAGUGACCGAAAACAUAUUUAGCAUUUACGUAAAAUGCUUCUUAUAUUUUAUACAGACUGCGUAUUUUAUAAAACUUAAUCAUUCUUAUUUUAUGUGGACAUUUUAUGAUUGGCACAACUGACAUGUUUUACCAUUGCAGGCAUUGGAGUAUAAAUAGUAGAACGAAAUGUUUAUUAUACACAAGAUAGGGUUAUUAUAUUAUAGUAAACAUGAUCUUUAUAUCGAUGAAUUGUAUAGACGUGGUGACAACUUGUAAAAGCUGUUAGUGAAAGUUCUUA